UCUUGGUCAAAUCCCGUUCAAGUGACUGGCUGAUUUUUUCCUGGUGGAUAUCGCACUGAUCACGGAUACUUCUCUGCCCAGUCGACAGGUAAUCAGCUCAGGUAGCUUCUAAUGGAUGCCCUCAAUUAUGUUUUUGUGACCAAUCCCGUGAGCAAGGGAGUUUGGUCAGGUUUGGAUGCGGUGGCUAAAAGUGUGGGAUUGAAGCCCAAGAUCACGCAGAUGCAAUCGGUGGCCACACAGAUGUCGUCCGUGAGUCCUCUGUGGAAGCUGGCCGGCAAGAAUCUGUACAUAGUGCGAUUAGCCGGCCUCAGUGGAGCUUCAGCGGUCGUCCUGGGUGCCUAUGGAGCUCACCGGAACUGGGAAGCUUAUGACGAGAAGGAGGCCGAAGCCCAGAGGAAAGCCUUCGACACGGCGAAUCGCUACCACCUGAUGCACACUCUCGCCCUCAUGUCCAUUCCCAUUGUCCGGCGUCCCGUUUUGACUGCAUCGCUCUUCCUCACCGGCAUGAGUCUCUUCUGCGGCACUCUGUACUAUCGUUCCCUGACCGGCAGUCAGCGCCUCAAGAAGUUAGCGCCCAUUGGCGGCUCCUGUCUCAUCCUGGCCUGGCUCUCCAUGAUUUUCUAAAUCCGUACGCCCCCAUCAGGACCCAGUAACAACACUCCAGGCUGAUUAAACAAAAUGUUUAUUCGUGAAAUAAUGUUUCAAAUAGUUUUCUUUUCCUUGGAUAUUGAAAUUUUGAUAUAAUCCAUGAUUUUUAUAAUGUAAUAUUUACGUAGAUUUAGAUUAGUAAAACGAGAUCAAAGCUCGAAUUUAUUUCUUCAAUGUUGUUUUUUUUUUGUGUAUUGUUCCCAUCCGAGAAAAUCAAUCAAUCGUGGUGGGAUUUUCUCAGAUGAUUCCUUCCUUUCCUUUCCUUAAACACUACAUCUUGGGACACAGUAAUUCUUCCUCUUCUCAUUACACAUUAUACUUUAUAUAUUCAUUAAUAUUUUGUACAAGGGACAUGAUUAAUUAAAAAAAAAAACAUGUGAAAGUAAAGAUCGACAAAUGGAUGCUGAACUUGACUUAAAAUCGGAAAAAUAGAGGUAAAACAUAAUCGACUAAUUUCUUUCACUCCUACAUCUGCAUUUCUCUUUAUAUCUCCAUUA